CUCUGAGCCGCUGAGACACUCGGAGCUCCGCUUUCCGUUUUCCGCUCGGCUCCCGCCCCGCUCCGCCAUCACACCCACAAAAAAUCGGACUGAAUAGAGAGAGAGAAAAGAAAUGGAGAUGCUGGUGUUGGACAGAAGCGAGUCAAACGAAUGACACCAACGUAAUGAGCAGAAGUGCUGAGGAUGGGAGCUGGAGCGGAGGGAAGCCGGGCGCUCUGAAGCGGUUCAGCCGUUUUUCAUUGAGGAUCAGCUGAUGGUGUCUCCUUAGCUACGGCCAGCGCCGCUUUUAGUCCGAAAAAACACCCAUAUAUCCAGCUGCCAGUCUCUAUUCGGGCCAAGAACAGCAUCAAAUGACGAAAAUCCAUGGCUCUCCCUUCAAAAGUGGCUAGUUGGUGUUGAGAGAAGACGGAGAAAAGGAAGAAAGGACCGGAUUUUUGCUCGCCAGGCCGAAGCGUUAGCUAGCACUAGCUAGCUACGGUGGAGCCUGUAAACCACGGCGCUGGCCAUGCCGUCGAGUGUGCGGGCAGGGAGUUUGAAGGACCCGGAGGUGGCUGAGCUCUUCUACAGGGAGGACCCGGAAAAACUCUUCACUGACCUGCGUGAGAUCGGCCAUGGCAGCUUCGGAGCCGUCUACUUUGCCCAUGACAUCCGCACCAAUGAGGUGGUGGCCAUUAAGAAGAUGUCCUACAGUGGCAAGCAAUCUAACGAGAAGUGGCAGGAUAUUAUCAAAGAGGUGAAGUUCCUCCAGAAGCUGCGGCACCCCAACACUGUGGAGUACAGAGGCUGCUACUUGAAAGAGCACACAGCAUGGCUGGUGAUGGAGUAUUGUUUGGGUUCAGCCUCAGAUCUGCUAGAAGUGCACAAGAAGCCACUGCAGGAAGUGGAAAUUGCUGCGAUCAUCCAUGGUGCACUGCAGGGCCUGGUGUACCUCCACUCUCACAACAUGAUUCACAGGGACGUGAAGGCUGGAAAUAUCUUGCUGACGGAGCCGGGCCAGGUCAAACUGGGAGACUUUGGCUCUGCUUCCAUCGUCGCCCCCGCCAACUCGUUUGUAGGCACACCCUACUGGAUGGCUCCAGAGGUGAUCUUGGCUAUGGAUGAGGGCCAAUACGACGGGAAAGUGGACGUGUGGUCACUCGGCAUCACCUGUAUAGAGCUGGCGGAAAGAAAGCCUCCCUUGUUUAACAUGAAUGCUAUGAGUGCCUUAUACCACAUCGCCCAGAACGAAAGCCCAGUCCUGCAGUCUAAUCACUGGUCAGAUUAUUUCCGUAACUUUGUGGACUCCUGUCUGCAGAAGAUUGCCCAGGACAGACCUACCUCUGACGUGCUGCUGAAGCAUCAUUUCCUGUGUCGGGAGCGUCCACUGACUGUGGUGAUGGACCUGAUCGCACGCACUAAAGACGCCGUGCGAGAGCUGGACAACCUUCAGUACCGCAAAAUGAAGAAGAUCCUCUUCCAGGAAACACACAAUGGCCCUGCUGCCGAGGGCGUGGAGGAAGAGGAGGACGUGGAGCAGUACAUGCUGCGGACAGGGACAGUGAACAGCAUGGAAAGCUCCCAUUCUCUGCCCUCCAUGUCCAUCAGCGCCAGCUCCCAGAGCUCCUCUGUGAACAGCCUGGCCGACGGAUCAGAUGACAGCGGGGAGAUGGCCAUGAUGCAGGAGGGCGAACACACGGUCACCUCCAACAGCUCCGUACUGCACAAACCCCUGAGCCAUGACAACAUCUACGAUGACCCCUACCAGCCGGAGGUGGACUCUCAGCAACAGGGCCCGUCCAGCGGAGGCGGUGGCCGCCGGCGCCGCGGCAGAGACCACUUUGCCACCAUCCGGACAGCCUCGCUGGUGACGCGUCAGAUCCAGGAGCAUGAGCAGGGCUCAGCGCUGCGGGAGCAGAUGUCUGGCUACAAGCGCAUGAGGCGGCAGCACCAGAAGCAGUUGAUGGCGCUGGAGAACAAGCUGAAGGCCGAGAUGGAUGAACACCAGCUGCGGUUGGACAAGGAGCUGGAGACGCAGAGGAACAACUUCGCCAGCGAGAGCGACAAGCUCGGAAAGAAGCACCAGGCUAUACUGGAGAAAGAGACCAAGGGUGCUUCAACAGAGGAGAAGAAGUUUCAGCAGCACAUCUUGGCCCAGCAGAAGAAGGAGCUUACGACCCUGCUAGACUCUCAGAAGCGUCAGUAUAGGCAGCGCAAAGAGCAGCUGAAGGAGGAGCUGAAUGAAAACCAGUCCACGCCAAAACGGGAGAAACAGGAGUGGCUGGUGCAGCAGAAGGAGUGUCUGCAGCAGAUCCAGGCUGAGGAGGAGGCAGGGCUGCUGAGGCGCCAGAGGCAGUACUACGAGCUGCAAUGCCGCCAGUACAAGAGAAAGAUGCUGCUGGCCCGACACAACAUGGAGCAGGACUUGCUCAGAGAGGACCUGAACAAGAAGCAGACACUGAAGGACCUGGAGUGUGCCAUGCUGCUGCGGCACCACGAGUCUACGCAGGAGCUGGAGUUCCGGCAGCUGGGCCUUGUGCAGCGCACUCGCGCUGACCUGAUCCGCACACAGCACCAGAGUGAGCUCACUAACCAGAUGGAGUACAACAAGCGGCGAGAGCAGGAGCUCCGCCAGAAGCAUGCCAUGGAGGUCCGCCAGCAGCCUAAGAGCCUAAGAUCCAAAGAGCUGCAGAUCAAGCGGCAGUUCCAGGAGACGUGUAAGAUCCAGACGAGGCAGUACAAGGCCCUGCGGAAUCACCUGCUGGAGAACACGCCCAAGGCAGACCACAAGGCCGUGCUGAAGAGGCUGAAGGACGAGCAGACGCGUAAGCUGGCCAUCUUGGCCGAGCAGUACGACCACUCCAUCAACGACAUGCUGUCCACACAGGCUGUGAGUAAGCUGCGACUGGAUGAGACGCAGGAGGCGGAGUACCAGGCGCUGAGGAUGCAGCUGCAGCAGGAGUUGGAGCUGCUGAAUGCCUAUCAGAGCAAGAUCAAGAUCCACACCGACACGCAGCACGAGAGGGAGGUCAAGGACCUGGAGCAGAGAGUGUCCAUCCGCAGGGCUCUCCUGGAGCAGAGGAUCGAGGAGGAGAUGCUGUCCCUGCAGAAUGAGCGUUCAGAGAGGAUCCGAUCGCUGCUGGAGCGCCAAGCCAGCGAGAUCGAGGCCUUCGACUCGGAGAGCCUGCGGCUGGGCUUCAGUAGCCUGGCUCUGACCGGCAUCCCAUCCGAGGCGUACCCCAAGCAGGGCUACCCGUCCAGCCAGACACCGCGCUCCUCCAGCCACUGGAGCCACGGAGGGGGUCCGCACCCCCACUCGCGCCGAGGCCCCAGCCGUGCCGAGUCGUCAUCCUCAUCCUCCUCCGCCCACGCCCUGGGCCUGGCCCGGGAUGGCCCCGUCCACCACUCGUCCCGCUCCUCCUCUUCCUCCUCUUCCUCGUCGUCCUCCUCGCACCACCACCACCGCCACCACCUCCCCCAGCACUACCACCACCAGAGCACGCCCCAGCUGUACCGGGAGCGGGAGAGGGACCGAGAGAGGGAGCGGGAGAAAGAGAGGGAGUGGGCAGGAGUAGGAGGGAGCCGGGGGGACCUCGCUCACCCCCAUGCCUUCCCUCACCACCUGCCCUCCCGUUCCUCCUCCCAGUCCCUGGCUCUCCUCCCUCCUCCUCCUCCAGCCCCGCCUUCCAUUUCACUCUCCUCCUCCUCUUCCUCUGGCCAGGCCUCGUCCUCCUCCUCCUCCUCCUCGCAGGGAAUGUAUGGAGGAGGAGGCCUGGUGGUGCGCGGCCCCAGCCUGAUGGCCCUGAGGAACAGCCCUCAGCCCCUGCGCAGGACGGCCUCUGGGGGUGGCCCGGGGGGCGCGGGUGGCGCAGACGGAGUCCUGAGCCGCAGCACCUCUGUCACCUCCCACAUCUCCAAUGGAUCGCACCUCUCCUAUUCCUAAGGCCUUUACGCACCGGACGCGAUCUAUUCCUGCGAGUUAAUUCAAUUCUGUAAUCGUUAUUCAAGCGUAUUUCCUGCACGCCGGAUGCAAUUUGCCACAUAUUUUCGCACUUUUGCAGGAGGUGACAUGCAACUAAUCACUUUGGCGCUGGCACAGCGGCGACUUAGAUGGCAGAACGGGGAAAUCUUAUAUAACGAAAUAAUAAGUAUAUUCAAACUAGGUUGCGGACGUCUGAGAGUGCUCACUGAAAAGAGAGAAAGAGGCACUGACACAAAUGUCAGUGAAGUGCGAAAUGGUGUCUUUGGCGUUUUGUUCAAGUUUGAACCAUUUUUAUGAUGAUAUGCCUAAAAAAUCGUAUCACAUAUAUGGUUUGGUAUGAAAAAACAGACUAUUUCCAAAUAUUUUCACACUUUUUCCCUCCCAUCGCGUUCGGUGUGCAAAGGCCUUUUGACCGUAAAAACAAGCUCGCCUUUUUAACCUCCUGUCCGACUUUUAGGAGGAUCUUUGGAGGAGUUAAAAGAAAAAUAAGCAGUAGGAUGAAAGAGAGAGAGGCAGAAAAGAGAGAGCACAUCUUAAUCACAUCCUUUUCAUUUCGCUGUUAGUCGUCGUAGAGGUUUCUUUUUUAACCUUUUUGUAAGGGUGUUUAAAAGCAAAGGUAAAACAUCGGAAAUGACAAAAAAAAUCAAAUCAAAUAAAUAACUUGACCGGCUUGGAACAUCACCACUGCCUUUAAGGAGUCUUAAAGGGACAAUGACUUACGAACACGUACACGAACACAGAAUGUUUCUAAGGCUAAACUUCGAAGUCCUUCAACACUUACGCAUUAGAGUGUGCGUGUUUAAAACAAAAGAACAAAAAAAAAACCAGCUCUGUCGUCAGACUUUACAGUAACAUUCGUGUCUGUGGGAGUUGCUCCAGUGCAUGAGAUUAAUGUACAAAAUACAUUUGUAUUCAUAUGUUAUCCCAGUCACAUUUGAAACGUAAGGCUACUGUAACUGUCUGAGAAAAAUCAUAGACAUUUAGAGUCCCACCAAUUGGAAAUUUUAUUGUAUAUAGUAUCUGAAGUGUUGAAGCAUUGUGUCCACAGUUUUCUAUAGUAAUGAUUAUCAUAACUUUGAUAUAACAGAACAAAAUAUGAAUGGAAUAUGCCUAACAUUUAGUGGUAGGUGAGUACAGCUGGGGUUGCAUCACUACAGCGCAACUCCUAGUACCUUAUUUGUUGUUAUGUGCGCAUUUUUUUUCCCAAAUACAAAAAUAAGACAGUUUUGUUGUAAAUGAAAUGAUUUUAACUGCAAAAAAGUGUUACUUUUGUCAGGUCUGGUGUGUGUUAUGGGUAUUAAUGGUUAUUAAUACUUGAUUAUUAAUAAUUGUUAAUAGUCAGGUUGCGUGCGUGUGCGCGUGUCGGCCAAAUGCUACACAAUCCAAUAAUAUUGCCACAGUUUUCCUUUUUUACCGAUUGCAAGUGAAGAGAACGACGAGUUCUCGUAUUAAUUAUUUCACGUAAAUGACAAUAAAUAACACAAGUGUUGUAGUUUUUGGAUUGCAAUCACUACGAUUAAGAAAAUCACACUGUCUUGAGUAGAGAGGUGUCAUAACGAUAUUCAGGAGUUGGAUGGUUUAAGGUGACAUGAAGGACUGAAAGAGCUGUCCGAAAUAUCGGGGUUUACGUUGCGUUUGUCCAGACUGAGUGUUAUGUUCUUUGGCGAAAUGGGAACCUCAAUGAAGGAACAGAAUUGUCCAGGGAACUGUUGGAAGUAAAGUGACAGGGGCAUUCACGAGGCCGCAAGGCAUACUGCAAGAUUUUUGUGUCGAAACAUCAAGACUGCGUUUACUCCAAGAUGCUCAGAGAUCCAACAGAAAUAACCCCCCAACCUGAUGAACUCAAACAAAAAAGAAAAACAGCGUAACACCAGCUCUGACGACUCUGUAUAACCCGCUCCUUUAUGCUUGGUUUAAAGUAAAACAAACAGUGCAUGCAGAACUCCUUAUGUAUCUUGAGUGUUGGGUCUAGUUGUCAGGAGGGCUGAUGAGGUUGCGCCACAGAAAUGGAUUUUAUUUAUUUUCAAAUCUUAAUGCCCUGAGCGGUCGGUCUCGGAGCAGUUACCACCAUCUCAGCUCGAAAACGGAAAAGGCAAGGGCUAAACACUGACCGAGCCGACCCUGGUGAGGGAUGAGACCCGUGUGGAUCCAUGGACGGUGGUAAAGGAGGCUCUCCUUGUUCGUUUCAGGCCAGGGCGUCUCGAUGGACGGUAAAUCAGAAUCCGUCCUGAACGCUCGUAGGCCGUCUGUGAAUGUGACAGUCAGGUAGAAGUGGAGGUUUUGCUGAGAGGACGUUUUUAGUACUUUAAACUUACGAGCUACUUCCAGCUCAGCCGGAAGGGAGUCGUUCGAACAUGUGUUAAACAAAAAUGAAAAGUAAUUUAAAAGGUAAUAAAUUGAUAUUAACAAG